AUGGCCCCGGGUUGUUACUUCAACGAUGAUUUUUUCAUAUCAUGUAAUAAUACAAUUACAGGCGGUGGCGGUCCAAAAGCUUUUUUCAGAGGGAGAAGCGAUUUCGUUAUCCUCAACAUAUCAUUGAAGCGUAAAGAUAUGAGAGUUUCACGUUCCAUAAGCAAAUCUUGCCUUGUAAGUGACAAGAAUGGCAAUGUGACUUCAUACUCUAAUGAGGAAAACAAACAAGAUAUCAGGCCCCCCAACAUCUUUCGUAUCUCAAGUCGGCGCAACAAGUUAACCACUAUUGGUUGCAACUUAAUUGGUAUUAUUCAAACUAAGGAUGAAACUCAUAGCAGCAGCCAAGGCUUCAAGAAAACGCGACGAGUAGUAGCGGGGGAGACACCGUCGAGGCUUCGUGGAAUUCGUGGAUAUGUUGAUGCAUGUGUAUCAACGUGUAGCCAAGAAAUCGAAAAGGUGAAAAAUGGAACAUGUCAUUCAUAUGGUGGUUGUUGCCAAGUUCCUAUUACAAUCGACGAUGUAAAACAUUAUUCGACACGUUUACGAAGCAUAUCAUCAGAUUAUCGAUCAUGUGGUUAUGCGUUUCUCACAGAAGAAGAGUCGUUCAAGUUUUCUUCUUUAGAUCUGAAUGAAGACCUAGAUUACAGAAAGGAAGCCCCUUUGGUUCUUGAAUGGGCUAUUCGGAAUCAACCUUCUUGUGUGGAAGCUCGACGUAGCAAGGAUUAUGCAUGCAAGGCAAAGUUUAGCAAUUGUAUCAAUUCAACAAAUGGACCUGGUUACUAUUGCAAAUGUCGCAAAGGUUACCAAGGCAACCCUUAUCUUCUCAAUGGUUGUCAAGAUAUUGACGAGUGUUCGAGCACGAUAUUAAACCCUUGCGGAAGAUCAGCCACAUGCAUCAACUACUCUGGAGGUGUCACUUGCAAUUGCUCGAAAGGAUUCAUAGGAGAUGGAAAGGAAACCGGAACUGGUUGCAUCCGUCCAUUUAGUCGGCAAUUAAAACAUGUGAUUAUUGCGUUGGGUAAUUGCGUCGCCAUUUUGGUGGUGGUGACAGUGAGUUUCUGGAUUUAUUUGGUUAUAAAGAGGAGAAGACUCAUCAAACUCAAACGCAGGUUCUUUGAACAAAACGGUGGGAUUUUGUUACAACAACACCUCAACUUGUCCCGUCAUAAACCAUCCAUUGAGAUGAUGAAGAUAUUCAGUUCAGACGAGCUCAGAAAGGCCACCAACAACUACGGCAGUAGUAACAUUCUUGGCCAAGGAGCAAACGGAACUGUAUACAAGGGAGUCUUGCGAGGCAACAAAACUGUAGCCAUUAAAAGGUCUAAGGCUUGUGACCGCAGCCAAAUCGGAGAAUUCAUCAACGAAGGAAUUGUGCUUUCCCAAAUCAAUCACCGUAAUGUGGUUAAACUACUGGGUUGUUGCUUGGAGACAGAAAUUCCAUUGCUUGUUUAUGAGUUCAUUACAAAUGGAACUCUUGCUAGCCACCUUCAUGCUAGUCGAAGUCUUAAUAAUCAACAAUUGUCAAUGACAUUGUCCUGGCAAAUGCGUCUCAAAAUUGCAGCUGAUAUUGCCGGGGCGCUUGCAUACUUGCACUCGGAAACUUACAUGCCAAUCAUACACAGAGAUGUCAAGACCUCCAAUAUCCUGUUAGAUGAUAAUUUCACAGCAAAGGUUGCCGAUUUUGGGGCUUCAAGGCUCGUUCCUCUUGAUCAAACCCAAUUGACUACUCUAUUGCAAGGAACAAUUGGAUAUUUAGAUCCAGAAUUCUUGUACAGUAGCCAAUUGACAGAUAAGAGUGAUGUUUAUAGUUUUGGAGUCAUUCUAGCAGAGCUACUAACAGGAAAGACGCCACUAAUAUUUGAAGAGGGUCGAAGAGCAACAAUCAACUUAGCAGUGUACUUUGUUUCUUGCGUCGAAGAUGAAUGCUUGCAUGAAAUUCUCGACGAUCAAGUGGCCUUGGAUGAUCAAGUCUUUGAGAUACUAAAGCAAGUGGCUAGCGUUGCGGUGAUGUGUUUGAGGACAAAAAGGGAGGAAAGACCUACUAUGAAGGAAGUUGCAGCAGAGCUAGAAGUUUGGUCAAAAAUGUAA